AUGAGUCAAUCUAUGCUAACCAGCCCAGACCGACUGCGUAAGAUUGACCAGCUUCGCGAGAAAAACAUUGCUACGUACCUUGCUCUACCCCAAUUGGUUGCUGUCGGGGAUCAAAGCUCUGGGAAGUCAUCUCUUCUAGAGAAUUUGACUGGAAUACCAUUUCCGCGUGGCCAAGAGCUUUGCACUCGUUAUGCAACUCAGAUCACUCACCGUCGCGAUGUUAUAUCUCGUAUUACUAUCAGUAUUAUUCCAGGACCAACUGCCCCAGUCGAGCAUAAAGAGAAACUCGAGAGCUUUACUAUGGAAGUGCACUCGACUGAACAGCUCAACGCUGAGUUCCCAGACAUUUUAAAUGAGGUGAAUACACUUAUGGGGAUCAAAACGCCAAGAAACCCAGGUGGUGUCAAGACAUUUACUGAAGACGUCUUGAAAAUUGAGAGAUGUGGACCAGAUGAGGAUUACUUGACGGUCAUCGAUGUUCCUGGAAUCUUUCGUAUCACCACCCAAGGAGUUACUACCGAUAAAGACCGCCAAUUAGUCGAAAGGAUGGUCAAAAACUACAUUCGCGAUAGCCGCACAGUAAUCUUGGCCGUUCUCCCAUGUAACGUCGAUAUUGCCACUCAGGAAAUUCUGGCAUUUGCCGAAGAGGUCGACCCAACCGGCGAGCGUACACUGGGUAUUCUCACAAAGCCCGAUCUUCUCAAAGAACGAAGUGCAAAAACCGUCGUCUGCGACCUUGUGCUGGGUAAGCGACGACCUCUCACCCUUGGUUAUUAUGUCGUUAGGAGCCGUGGCGGCGACGAGGAAGAUUCUGACGGGGGUGCCGACUCGCUGCACCGUGAAGACAUGUUCAAAGAUGAACCUUGGACCUCUCUGCCAGAUCACAAGGCUGGGAUCAAGGCUCUUCGAGUGUGCCUUCAAGAGCUUCUUGGACAGAUCGCUGACAAGGCAUUUCCUAAACUUCGAUCCGAGACGCGUCGCAAGCUCACUGAGAAGCAAGAAGAGCUGGCGAGUCUUGGACCUCCACGCCAGACAGGACGACAACAGCAGCAGUUUCUAGUCAGCGUUGCGAGCAAGUUUCAGAACAUUGUGAGAGCAGCAUUGGAUGCGGACUACUCAACAAACCACGCAUUCGCGGAUGAUAACUUACGUCUCAUCACGGAGGUUAUCAACACAACGGAUGAAUUUGCUGUCGACUUCGAAGCUUGUGCGCACACCUACAGCUUUCAAGCGAUAAAUCGGAAGAAGGCUUUCUCACUUGAAAUUCCUCCACCAGACCCUCCUCAUUCUAAAGAUGAGGAGGAAGAAGAUAUUGAUGAGGAGUCGUCCACCCGCUGUGAUCUUGACGUAUAUCCAGAUCUAGAGGGUAUCUUAACAAAAGACUGGAUUUCACAUCAACCAUCGACAGGAAUCAUGCCUUGGAUCACUCAAAUGCAUCGACGUUCUCGAGGUGUCGAACUAGGUACCUUUGGGCCACGAGUUCUGUCCAGUGCGUUUCAAGAACAGUCUAUCUACUGGCAGAAGAUGGCUACUGUAUACUUGAGUAAAGUCAUCUUGUCUGUCCACAAGUUCAUACUGGGAGCCCUUGGGAAAGUCUGUCAUGAAACUCGGAUUCUCGAUGAGCUCAUAUCUGGCUUGAUGGGUGAUCUCCUUGUUAGGUACAAGGAUGGCAUGAACCGAGCUAUCCACUUGGUUCAUAUCGAGAGACACAAAAAGCCCUACACGCUUAAUCACUAUUUCAACGAGAACUUGCAGAAAGCACGGAACGAUCGAAUUAAUAAAGCUCUGAAGAAAAAGGCGUGGAGUGAUGAGAAUACUGGGCAGCAAGUUGUGAAGCUUGAUGAUAUUUCAUCAGUGGUAAACAACCAUAGCAAUACCCAGCAUACAGCGGAAGAGAUACACGAUAUUCUCCAGGCCGCCAGCGACCAGCUCCCAGCGCCAACCUAG